AUGCAGAACCCCUCAGCGCUGUUCGGGAUGGUGAGCCACUGUCAGACCCAAACUUUCUCAGACUUUCCCGGCCUUUCGCUCUCCGUGUACGGCAGCAAGGCGGACCUGUGUUCGUGGAGAGCCGGUAACGGUGGUUUCGGAUCGCAGAUUUGCCGGAGCCCAAAUGAAACCCCGACGCACAUGAACUGCGCCAGCCCGAAGAGAUUCAGCGCGUCCGAAGAAAAGGCGCAUCUGGCGGCCAAAGCUCCGCGAUCGUGCCUGUCUUUCCCCCCUGUGCAAGUGAAUGGUGCGUACUGCUCAGAGAAGGAUUUGGACACGGAGCUGGGUGACGCUGAGGGCACCCUGAUGCGAUGUGGGCAGAGCCUGCUGGCGGGGGGUCAUUUAGGGGGGCUCUAUACCCAGAGCCUCCACUGCGACAGACCUACACCCGACCUCAUUCUGCAGGACGGCCCUCACCAAGACACCAGAUCCUGCUCUGCCUUCCAGAGGACCCUGCCGGGGGCCUCGCCGGGAUCAGACUGCGGCACCGCCAACAGGGCCCGCUCCUCUCUCCCUUACCCAAUCAAACAAGAGAACUCAAUGGGCUACAAGAUCUCCAACACCGGGGUCCACAGCUCGUCUCAGGCCGGGUUUCAGAACUGUAGCGGAGGCCAAGUCUUGGGGAUGACGAGGGACGAGCUAGUUGGAGCGCCACAUGUUAACACCAGCGCUAGUGGCGUGUGCACAGUAGGUAGUGCUGUGUCCGAGAACGCAGUGCAGCCGUUUAAUAAUGAAGAUGGCUCCUCCCCGUUGGCUUUGUCCCCGUCUGCCUCCCGUCAUUCAGCGCGGCUGCUCAGUGCUAGCAGUCUGAGGAGACGCUGCCUGUCCCUCGCCUCACAGUCCUCUGCCGCCGCGGCCGCUAGCUUCGCUGCCUCAUCGUCCCCAUCGACUCCCGAGGAGAUCAAUAUCACCGCCAUCAUCUGCUCCUCCUCCCAGAUGUCGAUGGUGGCUUGCGUCAACGGUUUCCGCUCAAACCUCUCGCCCAGCAGUGCCGGCUUCUCCUCCUCUUCCUCCUCCUCCUCCUCUACAUCCCCACCCUCCAACUCCUGCUCCCGGGAAGCCCCCCUGAGGCCCCCACCUCACGGCAGCCCCCAGCAGCACACGCUACAGGAGAGCUGUCAGCUAUCAUCACCUGCCACCUGCCUGCUGUCCCUCUCCUCCUCCUCCUCCUCAUCAUCCUCCUCUUCAGUGUCAUCAGUGGAGCAGGAGCAGGGGCAGAGCCAGGGGCCGUGUGAGGAGCGGGGCUCCAUGCUGCAGGGCCGUGGGGCUGGAGGAGCAGCCGGGGGAGGAGGAGGAGGAGGAGGGGGAGGAUCGGACGGGUUGGGGCUACUGAUGAGUGGGGCCCUGAUGUCCGGGAUGCUGCAUUCAGGGCCUGAAGCUGCGACUCUCCUGGACGGGGGCCAAAGAUCAGGGGCGGUCCUCAAACAGGAGCCCCUGGAUGACUUUUCUCCCAGCGAAGACGAACUCUUUCAGCACCACUAUCAUCACCACCAUCACUUGAGUGGUCGCAGUGGGCAGCUACGUCAGCCUCACCACCCCUCUCGCCCCGCUAUGCCCCCGCCCUACCACCUGCACCAAUACCAGGGGCCCGGUCCUGGGGGUCUGCUGCACCACCAGAGCCAGCAAACGGCACCGCCCUCCUCCCUGGGACUCAAACCGACCUCUGGAGGCCCUCCGGGGUCUCACACGGAGCGGGAAGAAGUGGGAGGAGGAGCGCUGGUGGAUAAGCAGGUAUGUCGCUGGAUCGACUGCAGCGCCGCGUACGAGCAGCAGGAGGAGCUGGUGAGGCACAUCGAGAAGGUCCACAUCGACCAGCGCAAAGGAGAGGACUUCACCUGCUUCUGGGCCGGCUGCAUCCGCCGCUACAAGCCCUUCAACGCCCGCUACAAGCUGCUCAUUCACAUGAGGGUCCACUCCGGAGAGAAACCCAACAAGUGUAUGUUCGAGAGCUGUAACAAAGCGUUUUCACGUCUGGAGAACCUGAAGAUCCACCUGAGGAGCCACACAGGAGAGAAGCCGUACCUGUGCCAGCACCCCGGCUGCCAGAAAGCUUUCAGCAACUCCAGCGACCGCGCCAAGCAUCAGCGCACUCACCUGGACACGAAACCGUACGCAUGUCAGAUCCCCGGCUGUACCAAGCGCUACACAGAUCCCAGCUCUCUACGCAAACAUGUCAAGAUCCACUCGGCCAAAGAGCAACAGGUGCGUAGAAAGCUGCGGCCCUGUCCUCACCUGGAGCAGGACGUCCUGAGUGACUGUCUGUCCAUGCAGCACCUCCACAGCUCCACCUCCUCGCAGCAUCUCUACAACAAAGAUGGCCGUUCUCCCGGACUGGGCCAAGACAUCUUCACAGGCCUGUACGCCGGCUCCAGCACCCCCCACCACAGCGCCUCAGUGGAGCUCCUCCCCCCCAACCCCUCCUCCGUCCCCCCCGCUGACCUCCCCUCCAGACAGCACCGCCUGGACCGGGACCUCGGCAGCCCCCACCACCUGUCCCCGCUGGCAGCCAUGGACCCCAGAGACGGGGUGUCGGGUCCCCUCCUGUCUCCAGGGAUGAAGGCAACAGGGACGCCUCCUCCUCCUCUGGAGAAACAGCACCUCCACCCUCACCACAAGCCCUACUCUCACUAUCACCACCAUCAGCCUGCCAACGACGAAUACCAGGGCAGCUUUCAGAGCUGCUUCCAUUUCGGGGACUCGUACAGGAUGGAGCAGACGGUCGGAGGCGUCCACGUCCCCGCAGACUCUCAAAACUACAACUCCCAUCAGCACAACGGCUUCCACAUGAGCACUAGCAACACCGGCACUGCAGGCUUCAACCUGACCCAGGAGCUCCAGGGCGGCGCAGGAUGUCAGUUCUCCUCCAGCCCCGAGGAAAACAUUUUCUUCCAGGUGGGAAACUUCGACCGCAGCCUGAACCACAUGUCCUCCGUCUACUCAGAGACUUAGAGCAACACUGGAGCAGAAACGAUUCACUCCGCAGUCCUUCGUCCUCACAGCUGGAUCCCUCUUCUCUACUUCCCGUUUCCUCUUUUUUUUAAACAUACUAAGAUAUGGUAUCACUCUGAAUAUCUAAACAAUGUAUACCUUGAUCUAUCCUACGCUGCAGAUGGAUGUGUAACCAGCAGGAUGUCAUUAACUUCUCACCUGAAGUCACAUGAUUAAAUGAUGAAAAAUGGUUUCCCUUCCUUUAUGAUUUGUGACCCUUUAAACAAGGAUGUCACAGGUUGCAUAUUCCUUCCAGUUGUGACGAGUUUAACCAAACCAUAGUUUCCUAAGUGAAUCAUUUUAGCA